GCAGCAGCGGUAUCCCAUACACCUCUCCCGGUUGCUAUAGCUGCAACUUCGAUGCCCGAGGUCUUGACAGGGGACGAAAUGUCCCAGAUUGAUGACAUCACGCUCGCAGUGAUCGAUUUUGGCUUACAAGGCUAUACGGGUACCCCCUUUGCGUCUAAGGCUUGUCCUAAGAAAAAGAAUUCCUCGAAGAGGCCAAAAUGUGGGAAGAAGUGGCCAUUGAGCUAUGUGGAUUUGUUGAAUGCACUUGAUUCACUCGUGGAUCAAGAGAGGGCGGAGGAAAUAUCCAUACCUAUUUUAUCAAUGGCGAACCCUCCUCCGUGCACUGGAGAAGCAUCUCAUGAUCUGGUAAUAGCGAUAGUUUCUACAUCGAUGGUGAGCCAUCCUCAGUCCAUUGGAGAAGCAUCUCAGGAACAGGUUUUUGCUAACUUCUUGUUUUACAGGAUUCAAGGCGUUAAAAAUUAG